AUGACUGAAUCUCCUUCAUUAACAUUAUUUCACCAUUUGCGGGGUAAUUGUCUAAUUAAACAACAUGAGGAUGCCGAGAUAAUGACUUUACAUCCAAAUCGUGAACAAUUAGUUAGAAGAGAUGCUUUAACAGGAUUGGAAAAAGAAACUGAUUCAGAUAAUGACAAUGAAACUGGAACUGUUACAGAUAAUGUAAUUAUUGUACCACAUCUUCAAGUAUCAACUAAUGAACUUCAUCUUUUUAAUAGAGCUAUAAGUUCUGGUGGUGGAUUAUUAGCUGAUUUACAAAGAGCAACAAUGGCAGCUCAAAAUUUUUAUGAAGAUAUUGGAUCAGAGACAAAUAAACGUAGUCCAUGGGUACUUAAAAGACUUUAUGAAUGGUCACAUCGUGCAAAGUCUCGUGAAAUCGUGAAACAUGUUGAAAAAGCUUUACAAGAAUGUACCAUUUCUGUUGAUGUAGAUGAAGGGGCACUCAAACAAUAUAUUGAAUAUUCAUGGUUUGAUAUUUUUCCUUUACUACCAUAUAAUUUAAAUGAGAAUGAAAAGAAAAAAUUUCAAGCAGUGUGGGAACUUUUUCAUUCAGAAUUAGUUUUUCUAUAUAAACAACUUGCUGUUUUAAAAUAUGUUUAUAAAGAACCAUUAAAAAAAUGUCAGGUAGAGGGAUGUUUAUUAAGUAUUGAACCAGAAUUAUUAUUUGGUAAUUUAGAUCAAAUAUUUAAAAUAAGUCAUAAAUUUUGUCAAUCAUUUCUUUCUCUUUUACCAGAUGUUUGUAAAGAUAUUAAUAAUGAUGGUAAAUUAUAUAAAGAAUAUGAUGUUGUAACAUUAAUUGUACAAUUAUUUGAACGUUUUAAUAAAGGACCAAGUACUAUAUCAGCAUAUCAAGCAUAUUGUAUUAAUUAUAAAGCAACAAUUGAAUAUCUGACAUCAAUUAGACAAAGAGAAGAAAGAUUUUUAGAAUUUGAAAAAGUAUGUAUGGGAGAUAGAAGAUGUGGAAGAUUACAAUUAGAAGAUUUACUUAUAUGUCCAUUACAAAGAAUAACAAGAUUACCAAUAUUAUUAAAAGAAAUUUUAAAAAAUAUUACAGAUUUAGAUGAAAAAAUUAAAAUUGAAAAAGUUAUUGAAACAAUGAAUGAAUCAUUAAGAUCAAUUGAUGAUUCUGUACAAUGGUUACAUAAUUUUGAAAGAAUACAACAAUUACAAAAUCAAGUUGUCUGGCCAAGUAUCAUGGAAUUAGAUAGUAAAUCUUUUAUACCAGAUUUUUUAAAAACAAUAUUAUCAAGACAAUUUUGUGAAAAUUUAUUAGCACAUCCAAGAAGAAAAUUAAUUCAUGAAGGUGUAUUAACAUUAGUUGAAUCUGGUGGAAAAUUAAUAGAUUCAUAUGCUUUUCUUUUUAAUGAUAUGUUUUUAUUAACAAAAUUAAAAAAAGCUAAUGGUAAGAUUGUUAAACGUGGUAGUAAUGUUGGUUCAAAACAAGAAGUAUUUAUUGUACAAAAACAACCUGUACCAUUAGAUUCAUGUGUAUUUUGUGAUGCUGAUUCAGGUGAAUCACAAGUUGGUUCAUCAUUAAAAAAUGCAUUUGUUGUUAUUCAUUUAACAAGAUAUUAUCAAGUUGUUAGUGUUUCAACAUUACAAGCAUCCUCAAAAGAAGAAAAAGAAUUUUGGAUAAAUAAAUUCCAAGAGAGUAUUGAAAAUUAUGAAUGUAUACAAUUAAAAGACAUGUUAAAAUGUACACCACUUUUUUCAAGUAUCAAUUUACGUCAAUCAAAUUUACAAAAAAAUUCAAAUGAUAUAUAUUAUAAAGAAAAUGAUAAAUCAUCUACUAAUAUUUCUCCUAAAAAGACUCCAUAA